UACUUCGCGUUCCUCCUCGUAUUUGAGAUGGGUUUUCUCCUCUGUAGGCAAUAGGGCUCGGUUCUCAGGCCCAGCCGCUCGGGCUGACCGGAGUCGCGGAGCCUGCUCGCCGCCUGUGCGCCGUGCUCGAGGCUUCCGUGGCCGCCGCGGCUCGUCAGGGCUCCGCCCGUGCGGGUCCGGCUGGUGGCUCGGAGUCUCGGUGGAGGCAGGGCCUUUCCUCCAGCCGCCGCGCACCUCUCCUCAGAAUCUGCCAAAGCAACCUCCUCGCCUUUCUCCAGAGGGAAAAACAUUUACGCUGUUCUGGGAAAUGGCCCCAGCGUCCUCUUCUGCUGACCGACCUGAGAUGGCUAAAGAGUGAUGGUUGACAAUUGAAAAAUAUUGCUUGAUAAUCAAAUGUUGUGAACCAGUUACCAAGACACUCUAGUAUGUGAAGAUAAAUUGAAAUCAACCUCUCACUUUAAAUUCAAAAGCUUCUCUGAUGUGAUCUGCUGAGCAAGAAGUGAAAUGUUUUGGGAAAUCUCACUAUCAGGUUCACAGUAUGCCAGUUAUCGAUCUGACUUGUGAGUGGUGAGUCCUUUUUGAUGCUUCGCAAAUCGUAUAUAUAUUCUUCACAAAUGGCACGUCUAGUGCUCAAGGGAUGAGUGAUCAUGCAGUGGGCCAUAUAAGUGGGAUUGAAAUGGCCAGAGUGAGUAUAAGUCAGGCUCCUGGAAUUUGAGAUGCAAGAAAGUGUGUGUGCUUUUUUGGGGGAAAAUGUUUAUGAAUCUUAUCAUGUCUGUCAAACAGCUCUGCACCUCUGUAUUUUUAAUUUGUGUACUCUAAGAUGGAAUUUUUAACUGGUUCCUCAUGGGUAGCAAAAUACUGAAAACCAUUUUCUUAUGCCAGGUAACUCAAGGCUUUGUCGUAUUAUGGAAGUAGUGUGUGGUGUGUUAUGUGUAUGGAAUGGAACAGCUUAUAGGCAUGUGAUUGUUGGAAUUGAAUUGGCUUCGAAGUCCAUGUCAUUCUUUUCUCUCAGAUCAUCUUUCUUGGAAUCCUUACUGUCUUUUUGAAAGGAAAAUUGAGGCAAGGAUGGUGGCUGGGUUACUGAUGGAUUCUUCUCAGCUUUUACAAAGUGCUACAUUGUGUUCAGUGCUAACCAUGGCCUGUCAACAGAGGAGGAUAAGACAAGAAGAGCCCAUGCACUUAGUGACCUUUGAGGAUGUGGCUGUGGACUUCUCCCAGAAGGAGUGGACUUUGUUGGACCAAACGCAGAGAGAUCUCUACAGAGACGUGAUGUUGGAGAAUUAUAAGAAUCUCAUUACUCUAGAAUUUGAUUUACAACUCAAAACCAAAGUUUCCACACCUCUUCAAGAUAUUUCCAUGGAAAAAACAUCAAAUGGAAUACAAUUGGAGAGAAGCAUUGCUAGAGUGAAACAAUAUGGCUCUAUCCUCUGUGGAAAAGUAUUUAGUGAACACUUGUUUCUUAUGACUCACAUUAGACAGAAAAUUUCUAAGGGUAAUCAGAGUGGAAAAGCUUUCAAAAAGAACUGUAUUCAAAGCUUCAAGGAAGUCAACACUGGGGAUAAAACUUACAUGUGUGUUCAACAUGAAAAAGCCUCUGGUCAGCUUUCAAAUUUUAUUUGGCACAAAAAAAUUCAGACACGAGGGAAAUUGUGUGAAUGCAAAGAUUAUCAGAGAACAUCUGUUAAUCAGUCAUCCUUUAAGGUAUAUUUGAGAUACCACACUGGAGAAAAACCAUAUGAAUGUAAAGAGUGUGGGAAAGCCUUCACCCAUUCCUCAUACCUUACAGAUCAUAUAAAAAUUCACAAUGGAAAAAAGCCCUAUGAAUGCAUGGAAUGUGGGAAAGCCUUUACUCGAUCCACAGGACUUAUUUUACACAUACAAAUUCACACUGGAGAAAAACCGUAUGAAUGUAAGGAAUGUGGAAAAGCCUUUAUUCAUUCCUUAUACCUUACAAAGCAUGGAAGAAUUCACAGCGGAGAGAAGCCGUAUCUAUGUAAGGAGUGUGGGAAAACUUUUACCCGUUCCUCAGGACUUGUCUUACACAUGCGGACACAUACUGGAGAAAAACCCUAUGUAUGUAAGCAAUGUGGGAAAGCCUUUAAUAAUUCUUCAAUGCUUAAUCAACACAUAAGGACGCACACUGGAGAGAAGCCAUAUGAAUGCAAGCAGUGUGGGAAAGCCUUCAUUCAGUCAUCGGGCCUUACUACACAUUUAAGAACUCACACUGGAGAGAAGGCCUAUGAGUGUAAAGAUUGUGGGAAAGCAUUUGCUCGUUCCACAAAUCUUAAUGUGCACAUGCGGACACACACUGGAGAAAAGCCAUACAAAUGUAAAGAAUGUGGGAAAGCCUUUAGAUACACCACAUGUCUUAAUAUUCACAUGCGAACUCACACUGGAGAGAGACCAUACAAAUGUGAGGAAUGUGGGAAAACCUUCACUCAAUCUUCAGCACUCACUGAACAUCUAAGAACUAAGCCUUGUGAAAAACCCUGGAAAUGUUCCUCAGGACUUACUAUUCACAUCUAAACUCAUCGGCCUAAAGACCUUAUGAAAGCUCUUUUUCUUCAGUGAGGGGCUGACAGCCCCCCCAGCAGACGCAGAGAAGCAUAUCUUUGUGAAUACUCUGAUAGGCAAGACCAUCACCCUCAAGGUCGAGCCCAGUGACACCACUGAGAAUGUCAAAGCUAAAACCCAAGACAGGCAGGGCAUCCCACGUGACCUACAUCUGAUUUUUGCAAACAGCUGGAGGAUGGCCACACUCUGACUACAAUAUCCUGAAAGAGUCCACCCUGCGCUUGGUGCUUCCUUUGCAGGGAGGCAUCAUCAGUCCCUCC